UGGCCAUGCCGUGCUUUCCCCCAUUAAAACCGCGAUAGCUCUCCUUCUUCAGGUCACAUCUCGUGAGGUCUCCCAUCGAUCCCUUUUUAAUUCGCUCGCCCUCGCUCCCGCUCUCCAUCUCUUCCCCAGUGCGCUGUUCUUGAAAGCUCUCGAAGAUGGCGUCUUUUCUGUCGGCUUGAAUCCUCCCCCGUUCGAUAAUUCACUCUCGCGGUUUCUUGAAACCCUACUGUCCCUUUCUUUCUCGAUCCUCUCUUGCAUGUUUCGGGGGGCCUUGAAGUUGUCGGAAGAAACAUGAGUAAUUCGAUGUUGCCGAGGGUGAUGGCCACGUUUCAUUUGGUCUACGACCGAGGGUAAUUCGAUCGCCAGCUUUUUUGCUCUCUUUUCACCCGAAAGUUCCCUUCUUUUCGUGUUCUUUUUGUGCCACGCCUCCGCAGAAAAAAAAGUAUUUUCGAUUUCUUGGCUAAAGGAGAGAGGAGAAAAAGUGAUGGAAGCCAACAUGGAAAAAGCGAAAAAGAGCCUGAUCACCAAGACAUGGGAGCGAUGCAAAUCCAUCGGCCGGGGCGGCGGCAACAAGGCCGCGGCCUCCUCCCCAGGCCGCCUCACGAGGAAGACCAAGUCGUGGAACGGCUCCAGCGCUGGGGCGGCGGCCGCGGCGGCCAUGGAGGGUGGCCGCGGGGGCAGGCGGCGGGUGGCUCCGGAGGGGUGCUUCUCGGUGUACGUGGGUCCCGGGAAGCAGAAGUUCGUGAUCAAGACGGAGUACGCCAACCACCCGCUCUUCAAGGCCCUCCUCGACGAGGCCGAGGCCGAGUACGGGUACAGCAGCGGCGGGCCCAUCGAGCUCCCCUGCGACGUGGCGGUCUUCUGCAGGGUGCUGAUGGAGAUGGACUCCGCCGACGACGACGGGGGCCGGGUAGGCGGCCUCGGCGCGAAGCGGCGGGUCGGGUGCGGAGUCAACCAGGGCUACGGCGGGUACCGCCUGCUCAGCCCGUCCAGGAUGAUCACCAUAAAUCAGUUCUAGUUCUAGAGUAUACUAAUGCUUUCGCUAUGUUUUUAUACACAUGUGGGAAUAUGAUAGGAGCAAGUAGUUUGUGGCGUGUCUCUGGUUUUUAGUGUUUGUUUUCAUCUACGAAAAAUAAGUAAACAGUCCGAAGAAGAAGUGCAUUCGAAUUUGAAUAGGUCGUCGCAGCAGGUUGUCAUGUAAGAGAGAGAGAGAAGACGAUACCAUGUGGCGGCAGUCGGGGAUGUACGUGGUAGCUUGAGGACGUAAGAUCCUAGCCAUGCGUUUGUAUAUCUAUAGGCCAGAUCUACUUUGGAUGUGAUUAUGUAUGUGAGCUGUGAUCGUGUGGUUUGUGGAAUUACUCCA